GUGGCAGCCGGUGGCCCAGGAGAACAGGUCUGGGGAAGUCGCGCCUGAGCUGUUCCUCUACGUUUCCUCUCCGUCCUUCUUGAGUCUUCCAGGUCCACGCAGUGAGGAAGCGUCCCCACCGUCAUGGGAGGCGGGGACCUGAAUCUGAAGAAGAGCUGGCACCCGCAGACACUCCGAAAUGUGGAGAAAGUGUGGAAGGCUGAGCAGAAGCAUGAGGCUGAGCGGAAGAAGAUUGAGGAGCUUCAGCGGGAGCUCCGGGAGGAGAGGGCCCGGGAGGAGAUGCAGCGCUAUGCAGAGGAUGUUGGCGCUGUCAAGAAAAAAGAAGAAAAAUUGGACUGGAUGUACCAGGGUCCUGGUGGGAUGGUGAACCGUGAUGAGUACUUGCUGGGACGCCCCAUUGACAAAUAUGUUUUUGAGAAGAUGGAGGAGAAGGAAGCAGGCUGUUCUUCUGAGACAGGACUCCUCCCAGGCUCUAUCUUUGCCCCAUCGGGUGCCAAUUCCCUCCUUGACAUGGCCAGCAAGAUCCGGGAGGACCCACUCUUCAUCAUCAGGAAAAAGGAGGAGGAGAAAAAAAGAGAAGUAUUGAAUAAUCCUGUGAAAAUGAAGAAAAUCAAAGAAUUGUUGCAAAUGAGUCUGGAAAAAAAAGAGAAGAAGAAAAAGAAGGAGAAGAAAAAGAAGCACAAGAAACAUAAGCACAGAAGCUCAAGUAGCGAUCGUGGCAGCAGUGAGGAUGAGCGCAGCUGGGGGAGAUCUCAAAAGAAGAUGGCAAAUUCUUCCUCUGUUUUGUCCAAAGUUCCUGGGUAUGGCUUACAGAUCAGGGACUCUGACCAUGGCCACCAUCUGCAGGAUCCUUUGAUGGCUAAGCCAAAAGGAGUGCAUGGGUGGAAGAAUCACUCCAGAUCCAGAAGCUCAUCCCCCUCACCUCCCAGACAUGCCAGCAAGAAGAGCACCAGAGAAGUAGGGUCUCGGGACAGGAGGUCUCGAUCCCCAGGCCGGAGGUCACGGUCCCCAAGACCAAGCAAACUGCACAACUCUAAGGUAAAUAGGAAAGAGAGAGGCCGAACUAAGAGCCCAUCACCUAAAAAAGAGGUCUACCAAAGGCGGCACGCACCUGGAUAUACCAGAAAACUCUCAUCAGAGGAACUUGAGAGAAAACGGCGAGAGAUGAUGGAAAAUGCCAAGUGGCGGGAGGAAGAGAGACUGAACAUCCUUAAGAAGCAUGCUAAGGAUGAUGAACGGGAGCAGAGGCUGGAGAAGCUGGACUCUCGGGAUGGGAAAUUUAUCCACCGCAUGAAGCUAGAGAGUGCAUCUACCUCCUCCCUGGAGGAUCGGGUGAAGCGGAAUAUCUACUCUCUACAGAGGACCUCAGUAGCUCUGGAGAAGAACUUUAUGAAAAGAUGAAAACCAUCCCUCUUGCUGAUUUUCCUGAAUUUUCCAGGGAAGCUGAUGACCUCUUAAAAAUUCUCUUUAUAAGAGUUCAAGUGACUUAUUCCACAGAUGUCAAUCACCACUGUUCAAAGUGACUUUCCUUCAUCGAUUCCUGAAACAGCUACUUCCUUUGGGAACUAGUGUGACUUGCUUAAUGGGUUCCUCAGCAACUUUUGCUGGGUUCAGAGUGGGUUUUGACUGUUUUUAAUGGGUGGGCACUGGACUAUCUAGGUGUGAGCACUCUUGCUGCUCUGGAAGGCUGCUCCCUGUGGUAGUGAUUCUUACUUAUUACAGUUGUCCCUCGCCAGUUCAUGCCUCCAACUUUUGCGGCUUCACUC